AUGCUGGGUUCUUCUUCUCAAUUUAAGCAAGUCAUAGUAAAGAAAACAAACUGUCCAUAUGAAUUAAGAUUUAUUGACAUCAGAAAUUAUAUAGCGGGUGGAACAUUAGACCAAUUCACUCAAGAUUUCGGAAACAAUAAAUCACGUGUUAAAUCCUUUUUCCCUUAUCAAUUCAUCACAUGGGAGAAUUACGAAGAUGAAUUAUAUAAAAAGGAACCAUUCACUCAAGAUUCAUUUUAUUCAGCAUUAACACAAGAAACAAUAUCCGAUUCAGAUUAUCAAAUAUAUCUCAAUGAUGCUAAAAAUUUUGAGAAUAGAUUAGAAUAUUUUAUUCAUUAUUGCAAUAAAGACGUUGAAAUUAUGAUUGACCCAAUUGAUAAAAUUAUCGAAGAAACAUUUGUUUAUAAAAUUGACAUGCUUCAUAAUCUUUCUUUAUCAUCGAAUGCAUCAAUGAUUCGUUACGCGUUAGCAUAUAAGAACUUCAAUCCUAACGAAACAUAUCCAGAAGAAGAAAAUGUGGAAUCAAGUUUUGAAUUAACAAAAAAGUAUUGGAAAUAUAAAAUUGAAUCAUAUAAGAAACAAGAUGAAAAAGCAGAAAGGGAUACUAAAAACAAUGUUUCAAUGGAUGACUAUCAAUACUAUCACGAUUUAAUCCUUUCAUCUAAAUGCAAAAUGUGUGGUAAAGCGUUUACAUAUGCAAAUAAACCAACAUUGGAUAGAAUCGAUAAUGAAAAACCACAUACCAAAGAAAAUUGUCAGUUAAUGUGUUGUUAUUGCAAUGUCGUAAAAUCAAAUAAAGAUGAAGAUGUUCAACGUUUAAGAAUCAAUUUAAGAAAUUAUGCAUUAAAAAAUAAUUUACCAAUGACUUUAGAUUCAGUUGAAGCUUAUCACAUUCUCCGUAAUGGAAUUACUGGUGGUCUAUCAAAUGUUCAACAUCGUGUUAAUCUUAAAGGAAUCACGCACAUUAAUAAACUUUCAUAUAAUCCAGAAACUAAAACUGUAUCAAAUGAGGACACCACCAACAUUAUGACUCAUUUCGUUGGAGUUGACUUUAAUUCAUUAUAUCCUUCAUCAUUUUCAUCUAAUCCUCAUGAUUUCAUUCAAUAUACUGACCAUAAAAUGUAUAUGCCGGGAAGAUUGAAUGGUGUUAUCAUUUGUGAUACAGCAACAAAGAAAGCAAAAGCACUGGGAAUAAUUAAGAAGAAAAAUACUUUAUUCGUGGCUGAAGUAAAGGGUCACAUUGAUGAAAAAUACAUUAAUGAUUACAUAAACUUUUUACCGAUAAUAAGAAACUUAGAUAUUAUCACAGAUGAAAAAACAAUUGGCAGUUUUAUGUAUAAUUACAUGAAAUCAAACAAUCUACCAGUUGACCAGAAACAGAGGAAAUUAACUCAGUUAGCAUCAACACACAACCAAUAUCAACCAUUUUCUUCUUAUUAUCUUUGGUAUCUAAUAGACAGAUUUCAUUUUAUCAUCGAUGAUAUUCAAUCAAUUUUAACAUUUACGAAAAACACUUGUUUUAAUGAAUUUGCGAACGAAUUUAUGAACGAAAGACAAAAGGCUGAAUUAGAAGGAAAUAAAGGAAAAAGUUUAUUUUGCAAGAUUUCACUUAAUGGAUCAUAUGGUUACGAUGCAAUGAAUACACAAAAUUAC